AUGAGUUUGGCAGAGUCGCGACGUCGCCAAAGUCGAGAAAGCAUUGGCUCCAGUGACAAUGAGGACUCCAGAUCGCCUCCCAGCAGAAACAUGAGUCCACGGAGUAAGUUAAUUCCACAUAAAGUUAGGGAAGACUAAUACUUUCUCUAUUUUUAUAACAUUUUAGGUAAUAUUUGCCCAUUUAUCAUAAAAUUAAAAAAGCUACUUUGUUAAUUAAACGGCUAACUUAUUAAAGUUGAAUCUUUUGCAGGUAUCGACGACGACGAUGAGGUUUCCAGGGAUUCUCUUUCCGAGUUUUCAUCGUUUCACAUCGACGGAAACGACCAAGAUUCUCAAGACGCAACACGUAAGAGACAUUUUUAGUAAUUUCAAAAAACUUAAAUCUAAAAGCUGCUUAGAAGUAACAAUUCUAACAAAAAGUUCCAUAUUUUCCUUCAAAAUUUUUAUUUUCUGUAAAAUUAUAAUUACAGAAAAUAAUGGUGUGCGAACUGCGCGAGACAUUUUAUACGGCAGAACAUGUCCGUCCUGUUUUUUUUGUUUUACAAAUUAAAAAUAUUGUUAUUUGAAAAGCAAAAUUUUGUAAAAGCAGAGACUUUGUUUUAAGAUAGUAGUUAUGCAGACAAACGACCUUAUACUAAUGUUUCAGAACUUGUCUCGUCCAGUGUCCCUAACCAGCACUUUCUGAACAACGGCCCUAACCGGAAACGUGAAGCCAACGACGGGUCUCUGGAUCCAUCAACUCGGAAACGCACGUUCUCAAACGCCGGAACAGAGAAAAGAACGGCGACAAAGAUCUGUCGUGUUUGUGGCGACAAAGCCUACAGUUACAACUUUAAUGUCAUUACCUGCGAGAGUUGCAAGGCCUUCUUCAGGCGGAAUGCCAACAAGGAGAAGGUAAUACUUGAAUUAUAAUUUACAACAUAUUCUUGUACAUGUUAUCUCUUAUCAGUUUUGUAUGAUCUUGGUCUAAAAGUUUAUAGAACUGAUUUUUAUGUACCAUAUAAAUUUUUAUAAUUUUUAAAAUUAAAAGAACUUAAGACCUCAAGUAGAUUUAAAAGUUUUAAUAAUUCGAAUACUUUGGUUCAGCUACCGUACCCCUAACCGUAUUAUCAUUAUUUAUAACUUCGAAAUCAAUUAGUUUAAUUCGUUUUAGGAGAUUCGCUGCCCGUUCAACGAGAAUUGUGACAUUAACAUAGUGUCGAGACGCUUCUGCCAGCGGUGCCGGCUCCAAAAGUGUUUCAAAGUAGGUAUGAAGAAGGAGUGGAUUAUGAGCGACGAAGCCCGGCUGGAGAAGAAGCAGCGGAUCCAGGACAAUCGAGAGCGACGGAUGGCCGAGAAGGCGAGCGAAGAGAGCAACGUCGUUCCCAUGCCCAUCCGCAACGUUCCCUCCAACGUUCUGCCGCCUCCGCCCGUGCUUCCGGCUCCUGUUGUAAUACCCGCACCCAUGGUUAUACCAGCUGCACCAACGGCGCCAGAACAUAUUAAUCCACCGUCGCUGGCCCAAACCGUGCUCCAUGCUCAACAGGUGCAAAAGUAAGUGUUUACUACAACUUCAUAUUAUUAAAUAUUGGUUUGUGAUAUUUAUUCUUUAAGUUACUGUAAUUUAAAAUUGAAAUGUCACAAACUGUAUUAUAUAAACUAUCUGUAAUCGAAACCAAAAAUUAAUGUUUAGACCCACUGUUUGACCAAUUUUAAGUAUCUUAGAGUACCAUAAUUGUACCUUUUUAGUGCUCAAAUCCUGGCCGCUGCCGCAGCUUCAGCUCAAGCCGACGUUAACCAGCAGAUUGCAGCUGCCGUAGCCGCUACUCAACCUCCAAUGUUAACAACAUCAAACUUGAGCGACAACCUCACCAACGUAAACAACUUUAACUCAGCUCAACAACAAAUUGCUCAAGCCAAUCAGAUAGCACAAGUCCAACAGGCAGCUCAAGCUGUCCAAGCUCUACAACAACAAGUUCAGAUCGAGCAGAUGCAACAACAAGCCGUCAAUCACAUAGUGGCACAGCAGCAACAAGCUGCUGCUCAACAGGCUGCGCAACAGAUUGUUGCCCAUCAACAACAACAGCAACAAGUGCAACUUGCAGCAGCUGUGGCAGCAGCAGCAACCGCAAUCGGAGCUAGCCAGAACACGGCAGUCCAGACAGCUGCUGAUGUUGUUCAUCAACAAGCUGUAGCCGUGCUACAAGCUGCUGCUACGGUGCCACAACAUCAACUGACCCCACCCGUCUUGAACAACACCCCCAUCUUGAACACCACUCCCGUGUUGAAUACCACGCCCGUACUCAACAACCAGAGUCCUAUCAUGCCUGUACCACCAAGUGCACCAUUGAUCAACUCUCUGAAUUCGACCCCACCGUCGUUGUCGUUGAUGAAUGAGACUCUGCCCACGCCUCCGGCUACAACCUCAAAUGUAAGUAUUGUAGACUGAUCUGGUCAAAAAGUUGAUAGAUAAUAUAAAAUACUUAAAUUCUUUACAGGAGCUGAUUGCCGUUCCCAAGAAUCUGCUGAUUAAGUUGGUGGAGAACAAGAUCGAAGCCAACCAAUCCAACCACAACCCUCCCAUCAAGUGCAACUGCAGAUGUCAAUGUGGACGGUACUCUAACGACGUUCUGAUUGUCGAUAAAGUUAUGGCAGAUCUUCUGGAGAACAACUCCACUGAACCCAAGCCCACGAUGGAGCUGAUGGAUACUACUCAGGCUUCAGAUGACUACGCUCCGCUCAACAACGACGAUAGAGCGGCCUUGAACGAAGUGCUCCAGUCCAACAUGUUCUGGGCUUCUGAUCAACCGAUCGAGUCCACGAGUGCUACAGAUGUCGCGCUGAGAAGGCUGAUCCGAAUGAUGGGCGGAAUCACAUCGUUCCGGCAUCUGAACAAGCACGACCAGACUGUGCUUCUGAAGAACGGGUGCACGUCACACUUUGCCAUCAGAUCAGCGAUGACGAUGAAUGACAACGCUUCACAACAGAACAGUCUCAUCUCCAACACCGUCAUCCAGUUCUACAACUCGCUACGGGAGAGUUGGAGGACCAACGAGAGCAUUAUGUUGUUGUUGAGCGUCAUCGUCAUGUUCGACCCUGAGGCUCCCGAGCUGGAGAACAGAGCAUUGGUGCAGCUACAGCACGUCAAAUGGGUACGGAUUCUGAAGCGGUAAGUAGAUUAAUAUAAGGUUAUACCAUAGUUGGUAAGGUGCAAAGAAAGUAAAUACGAAAGUAAGCAAACAUGACUGCUUGUUAUAUCCAUAGCAAUCAAUGUUUAACUUUUCAGAAUCUUGUUCACGUUGUGCUCCAACAGCCGGGAGCAAGGCAAAGCCGAGUUUGAUGACAUUUCCAACAAGAUAUCCAUCCUGAAGUGUCUGAACGACGUCUCUCUCAGUCAGGCCAACACUUCUGGAGGCGGAAUCUCGGUGUGUGCCUGGAGCAACGAUGUUGUGGAGCCACUGCUACACAAAGAACUGUACGAACCCAACCAGAACAUCAACAUCAAUGUCCACUAA